ACCUAUAUUUGGGCAAUAAAUGGAGGAGAUGGGUGAAGGUAGACUCAAAGCUAUGGGCUCAGCUUCAGCGAUUGCGGAGCCCAUCAAAGAUCUCACAACUAAGACCAAAGAAGAAGGCGAGCUCUCUUCAUCAGACGACGACGUAUUCUAGCUUCCAAAUCCCUAAUGUUUUGCCUCCGCUUCUUAAUUCUAACAUUCGUUUAACCACUUUCGUCCAAUAGCACUUUUUUUCUUUCUUAUGUUUUUAAUUACUUGUUUGCUGUUUGCUUGAUGGGAAAAGAAGAUAGUAUCGUCUCGCUUCUUGAAGACUUGCACUCUAUUUGGUCAACGAAGAAGAACAUCCUGCUAGCUCUGUUGGACCAUCUAUUGGUACUGUCGCCCUUCCUGGAGGGUCCCCAUUUACUACUACUGUGACAAGCAACCAAACUGAAGGGACUGGGACAGGUUUUGCUUUGUGACUGUAUUAUUGGUUGAUACUGUGCGCACUUGUGAACGGCAAAGUGCUUGUCCCGAAAUUAUCUUUUGAUGGGUCUAUAUCUACUCUGCAGUGAAGACAGUUUCGGCUGGUAAUCCUUCCAGCUCCAUUGGUAUUCAGUCCCGAACUUCCAUUCAGCCAACAAAUCAAAAGAGUUUUGAGAAGAAUCGAAUGAAAUUUAAAUCUGGUAAUCCUGGAUGGUUUCCUAAUUCAGGGCUGAACAAUAACCUGGUGAUAAGCUUCUCAGAUGGAGACAGUGGCAGUGACACUGAUGAUUACCAGCAAGAAAAAACAGCUGUGACUAAAUCCAACACAACUGGAGUGGAUAGCUAUGAACAACGACCUGCUAUAUCAGUGGUGAAAACACGUAAAAUACAUCAAAAUACAAAAAAUGCAAACAAAAUAAUACCCAAGAAGUUAUCUUCAAAUCGCAUAUUUGUCUCCUCAAUUACAAAAAAUCAUGGGGGAGGCAAUUCCAGGGAUGCAGAGCGAGGAUCUCGAGGUAGAAAUUUUAAUAACCCUAAAAAAAAUUUAGGAAGCCAAGAGCAUGGUUUUGACCUAAGAGUGGGUUUGAAAAACAGUAAGCUUCAGGACUUGAGGCAGCAGAUAGCACUUCGGGAAACUGAACUAAAGCUUAAAGCUGCCCAACAAAAUAAAGAUAUGGCUGUUGUACAAUGCAGGAAGGAUAAUGCUAUGAAUCUAGGCAAUGAAGCAGCAAGGAAAUAUCAAUCGCCUUCUGCUGAUGUUGGACAGUCAGAACAAAAAGAACCUGACAAGAAACGCUUUAAAGGAAGUGGAUCUUAUUCUCACCAGCUAACUUCAGAUAGCCUUCAAGAAAUUCCUGUUGCAACAUCUAUUAUGCCAGUGAAAGAGCCUACAUUAGAGAACAGUAUGCAUGUCAGGAAAAAGGUUGAUCUUAUCCAGAAAGACAUUUCUGUAAGCAGAAGAGAGUCAAGCAUUGUUAAGCAGCACAAGCAGGAUGAUAAACAUAUUGAGGCUAUACCAGAAAAUGUACCGAGACCAGAGAAAGAUGGACGAACCUUUUCUGCAGUUGCUGAUAUCAAUUCUGAUAAGGAUAGGAGGCCUGACCCUGUUGUGUUAAACCAAAUGGCAGCACCAGAAAAUACAAUAUCCAGUUCUUUUGCAAAGAACUUAGAUAAAAUGGUAGUAAAUCAUCCGAUUACAAUUGGUGGACAUCCUUCUCCAAUUUUUUGUCCAAACAAAGCAACUGGAGAACAGAAUGUAAUAAAGAGCAGUGACCAUUGUAAACCUGUAUCUUGUGAUAAGACAAUUGAUUCUUCGUUCCAUAACUUAUGCCAGGUGAGUAAUGCAAGCUUGUGGAACUGUCUGGCUGAUGCCAAUGUCUCAGGGCGCGGAAAUAUGGAUGUACAAUCAAUAAUUGACAUGGAGGAAUUGAUGGACAAAGAGCUGGAGGAAGCACAAGAGCACCGGCGCAUGUGUGAAAUUGAAGAAAGAAAUGCUCUUAAAGCUUAUCGUAAGGCCCAGAGGGCUUUGAUUGAAGCUAAUGCGAGAUGUACUAAACUUUAUCGCCAGAGAGAACUAUAUUCAGCCCGCUUUUAUUCAUUUAUGAUGGAUGAUUCGAACUUACUAUGGUCUAGUAGGCUGCAUGAACCUGUUGGGAAUGGGUUGAAUUUGUCAAAUCAUGUAUCUGAAAAUGUGGACUUAAUCCCGGCAUCGAGCCAUCAGGUGCAAUCUGCCUAUGAUGGAUUUAAUCGGCCAGGUUAUGGUUCAAAUAUCCAAUGUGUCAAUGGUGCUCCACUCAGUACAUCUUAUCAGCACGCAAGCAGACAAAAUUUGGGGUCUGAACCUUGCAGUGAGCCAGAUGCUAGUACAUCAGAGCCAUUGCCUCAUAAAACUAAGAAAGUUUUUCAUGGACUAAGCUCUCUGUCCAAUGAAUUAAAUGUUUCGGCUGAUGAAAAUGAAGAGACAUUCCCCUUGGACCAUGAAUAUGUUCAACACAACUUUGAAGAUAAUCAAAAGGAACAGACUUGUGAAGGAAGGCUAAUUGACAAAAAUAGCAUUGCCAAGGAAAAGUCAUCUAUUGAUGGUUCCAAGGAUUCAAUAAAGAGAGACGAAGCGACAUUAAGGUCUGAGAUGUUUGCACAGCUCGGAAUGAGAAUUUUGUCAAAGAAUAGUGGUUCAUGUUACAAUACGGAGCCUUCUGUAGAACGAGGGCCUGAAAAUGACCUUGGAAGUGACAAAAUGCAUACAAGUAAUGUGAGCAUUCCAUCUUCAGAAGGAGGACAAAGCCAGCAGCAUUAUAUUGGAGGCACAGAUAAGCCAGUAAGAAGUUUUAGUGAGACUCCUGUUCAGAGCCAUGAUCAGUGCAAUGCUGAAAAUAUUUCAUUGGAGUUUCACGCUACCACUGAUUUUAAGGAAAAUGAAAAUUGCAUAAGAGCUCACCAUUCAACAGCUUUUGUUUUAUUUUCUCCUUCAGUUCUAAGAAGUGUGUUUGGUCAUCUGAAAGUUGGAUCAUCGGUUGAUAUAUUAAAUAUGGCUGAAAAUCAACACAAUCACUCUCAUAACUUCUAUGGUGAAGAGGGUGCUUGUGUCAACUCUAAUGAAUCUCUGGAUUGGUAUUUGAUGGGAAACUCAAACCAGGAGAGUCUUAGUAGUUUCUUUGGGAGAGCAUAUGGCUCUUAUACCUGCAAUCCAUUUUGGCCACUCUGUAUGUAUGAGCUUCGAGGAAAAUGCAACAAUGAUGAAUGUCCUUGGCAACAUGUGAAGGACUUCUCAAAUGGAAGUAUGUGUCAGCAUCAGCAUGAUGAUUCUGGUAGUGGCAGUAAUUAUCCCAAUAAAGAUUUCUGUUGUCUUUUGCUUUUUGCUUUCAUAUUUUACCCAUUUGCUCGUGCAGAUUGUCAGGUUGAAUCAACAAUACAUCAACAGGGUUCUAUUGGUACUUUCAAGUGUCAUGAUAAUUUGACUACACCAAUUUAUAUAGUUGGUUUAGAUAUUUUGAAAGCUGAUUCACAUUCAUAUGAGUCUAUUAUAGCUGGAAGGUGUGGACAAUGCUGGCAGAAGUGUUUCAGUAUUACCCUAGCCUUAUCAAAUAUGUUUCAGAUGGAUUUACCUGCAGAAUUCUUGAAUACUGGUGAUGGACGUAUUGAGGUGUGCGGGGGUUGGAAUAGACAAUCCUCUUAUUUUCAGAGUAGAGAUGGCAUAAUGAAUCAUCUUAAACAAGCUUUGCCUAAUAAUGUACAAUCUGUGGAGUUGGCUCUUCUUUUUCUCAACCAGGAGGCUGGCAGAUUAGAGGGUAUAAAAAAGGCUCUCUAUGUAUUGUCACGAGCUCUUGAGGCAGAUCGAUCAUCAGAAAUUCUUUGGAUUGUUUAUCUGCUUAUAUAUCACAGCAACACAGUGCCAUAUGGGAGGGACGACAUGUUCUUUCAUGCGGUCAAACACAAUGAAGGAUCUUAUGGACUCUGGCUUAUGUACAUCAACAGUCGGAUACAACUUGAUGGUCGGUUGGAUGCAUAUAAUGAUGCUCUUUCAGCACUCUGCCGCCAUGCGUCUUCCUCUGAAGGAGAUGAAAGGCACGCUAGUGCAUGCAUUUUAGACCUGUUUUUGCAGAUGGUGGAGUGUUUGUGCAUGUCUGGGAAUAUUGAGAAGGCCAUCCAGAAAAUCUGUGGACUCUUCCUUGCUGCAACAAGUUCUAAAGAAGCUCAUAGUUUGUUGCUCUCUGAUAUCCUCACAUGCUUAACCAUUUCUGACAAACUUAUAUUCUGGGUUUCUUGUGUGUAUUUAGUUAUUUACAGGAAACUGCCUAAUGCUGUUGUACAGCGGUUUGAAUGUGAGAAAGAACUCCUUGCAAUUGAGUGGCCUUCCAUUCACUUGCUAAAUCAUGAGAAGCAGAGGGCUGUAAAGCUGGUAGAAACAGCAGUGGAUUCUGUUGAAUCUUAUUUCGAUGGUGAAUCACCCGAGAUUGAAUCAAAUAUCAGAUCAAGGCAACUUUUUGCUGUUUGCCAUGUUAGGUGUAUGGUGGCACUUGAUGACUUGGAAUGCAGUUGGAACUUGUUGGACAAAUACAUUAAGUUACACCCAUCUUGCUUAGAGCUUGUUCUGAUAUCAGUGCGCUUGCAGAAGCGUGAUUGUGGUGAUUCCAGUUUUAUGGGGUUUGAGGAAGCUCUGUUGAAGUGGCCUAAAGAAAUCCCUGGAAUUCAGUGUAUCUGGAAUCAAUAUGCUGAGUAUGCCCUCCUGAAUGGAAGACCUGGUUUUGCGAAAGAACUUAUGGACCGUUGGUUUCACUCUGUUUGGAAGGUUCAAUACUCUGAAGUUGACAUUUUGGGUACCAGGGAUGGCGAGAUCUCUCAUGGCUCACUAGAAUCCACUUCAGCAUCAAAUCUAGACUUUUCAGCAUCUCGUGAAAACCAAAUGGAUGUGAUGUUUGGAUUGCUUAAUCUCUCUCUCCAUAAGUUAUUGCAGAACCAUUUCAAUGAUGCUAAGUUAGCUAUUGAUAAGGCUUUGAAGGUUGCAUCUCCUGAGCAUUUUAAUCAUUGUGUUAGAGAACAUGCCAUGUUUUUGCUUACUGAUAAGUCAGGACCGAAGGGAGAUGCAUUACUAAACCUUCUGAAGUGUUAUUUGGACAAUGCCCACUCUUUUCCUUUCUCUGAACCGUUGCCUAGACACUUCAUUAACAACAUGGAUAAGCCAAGAGUCCGACAGCUAGUUACUAACCUGAUAUGUCCAAUAUCAACUGAUUUUUCUCUGGUGAAUUUGAUUCUUGAAGUGUGGUAUGGUCCAUCUCUUUUACCCCAAAUGUUUAGUAAGCUAAAGGAUCUAGUUGAUUUUGUUGAAGCCAUUAUGGAGAUUGUACCAUCCAACUAUCCAUUGGCGUUUUCAGUUUGUAAGCUGCUUAGUGGAGGUGAUAACCCUGACCAUGUUUCACCGGCCAGUGUUUUGUUCUGGGCCGCCUCAACUUUGGUUACUGCACUUUUCCAAGCCAUGCCUAUUGCUCCAGAGUAUGUAUGGGCAGAAGCUGCAGAUAUUUUGGGCAAUGUAAGCAGUAUCAAUAGCAUCUCCGUGAGGUUCUUCAAGAAAGCCUUAUCUGUAUACCCAUUCUCUCUCAAAUUGUGGAAAUGCUAUUAUAACCAAUCUAACUCUAAAGGAGACAAGAGCUUCAUUGUUGAAGCGGCAAGAGAAAAGGGUAUAGAACUUAUUUGAAGUCUUCUAUUAAAUUUUGCUCAGUUCCAAGGAAACUUUUAGUUCAGAUAUGAUGAUUACUGGUUGGGAAGUUUGUAGAUAUAAAUUAGAGCAAUGUUAUGCAUGCUCACUUUAAAUACACAAAUGGAUACAUACUUAAUGUGUGUCAUCAUGUGAUUGUAUAUUACUUGAUUAUUAAUUCAAAAUCACCAAUUACUUGAAGACACAUAUUAAAUGUGCACUUAUUUGUAUAUUUAAAGUGGGUAUCUAUAGUUUUUUUUUGUAUAAAUUAUCAUCUAUGUAUGAAUUGCUGGCAAGAUACCUGGACACCAUUUUUGUUAUUAAUGUUGAAACUAGGAAAUUUAUGAA